GAAGUGGGGGUGGGGUGGGCUAGGAGAGUACUGGGGGCCUGGGCCCCCGGGGCUUCGAGUGAAGACGGAACCCUCGGGGUGGCCUUCGGAGUGGGAGCGAGAGCUCAGGAGAGCGUGCAGGGCGCGAGCUCUGCCGGCUGCCGGGCCCCGCUGCAUUUCUUCAGCUGCUACUCUGGCGAGAGUGUAGAGAAUAGUACUUAUUCCGAACCAUUUGGCUCCCCCCGGAGCAGGACUUCUUUGAGGACCCAGUUAAAUCGAUUUCCCAGCUGCUGAUGGGAUACUUCGGAAAUGAUAGCUGAGCCCAGCCCAGCCCCAGACACCAGCCAAAAAGAAAAUGAUGGCCAAGAGGCAACUGCACCAGCAUCUGCUGUACAAAAUGGUGGCUGUGUGAAAAACCCUAGCAACUUGACACCAAAAGAGAGAAAGAAGGUUCGAGAGCAGUGUGAAAACGUCAGAAAGAAAAACAUUUUAAGAAGGAAGAGGUCAAGUCAGCCAGAGAAUGACGAAGAUGAAAUUGAAGAAGUGGUGGAAGCAGUCACUCUCUUUGAGGUGGUCAGCUUGGGCAAGGUUGCUAUGCAGUCAGUGGUAGAUGACUGGAUUGAAGCCUAUAAAGAAGACAGGGAUUUGGCACUUCUGGAUCUCAUCAAUUUCUUUAUUCAGUGUUCUGGCUGUCAAGGGAUGGUGACAGCUGAGAUGUACCAAAGUUUACAUAGCUCUGACAUUUUGAAGAAAAUGAUUGAGAAGUUUGAUGAGGAAACAGGGUUGCAGUAUAAGAGAUUUAUGGCUCGUCCAUGGAUCUUAACAGUGACAUGGCCAAUGGAGUUGGAAGAUGAGGGUUAUCCAAUUGUUAAGCCUGGACCCCACUGGAAAAAAUUUAAGGCUAAUUUCUGUGAAUUUACAGCAGUGCUGAUUCAACAGUGUCAGUACAGCAUUCUCUACGAUGGUUAUCUGAUGAACACAAUCACUUCCCUUCUUUCAGGACUCACAGGCUCUGUAGUGAGAGCAUUCAGGCAUACCAGUACGUUAGCAGCAAUGAAGCUGGUGACAGCACUUGUGAGUGUAAUUCAGAAUCUUGAUGUCAGCAUCCAUAAUGCUCAGCAGCUUUAUGAAGUAGAGAAGAAUAGGACCCCUGAGGGCGAAACUGGUCCUAGAUUGGAUGAACUUGACAGAAAAAGGAAAGAGUGUCAGCAGAAACCUGUGGAAAUAGAAAAUAUGAUGAAUGCACUUUUUAAAGGGACCUUUGUACGACGCUAUCGUGAUGUUAUUCCUGAAAUCAGAAUCGUUUGCAUAGAGGAGAUGGGAAGUUGGCUGAAAUUGUACCCAAACAUGUUUUUGAAUGAUUGUUACUUGAAAUAUGUUGGUUGGAUGUUAUAUGAUAAGCAGGCAGAAGUUCGGCUAAAGUGCCUUCAGGGACUUCGAGGACUUUAUGAGCACAAAGAGCUUAUUUUUAAGAUGGGUCUUUUUAAUACCAGAUUCAAGAGUCGAAUUGUUUCUAUGACUACAGACAAGGAACCUGAAGUAGCUGUUGAAGCCAUGAAACUUGUGAUGCUGAUGGCCCUGCAUUGUGGGAAUACAGUGUCAUCUGAAGAAUGUGAAGCUAUGUAUCAUUUUGUUUAUGCGACAUACAGACCCUUAGCUGUAGUAGCUGGGGAGUUGCUCUGCAAAAGACUAUUUUGUCUCCCACCAGGUGAAGAAGAAGCUCCUCACUUUAAAAAGAAAAAUAAGUUUGUGUAUAGUUUCAGAAGACUGAAAAAACUUAUUCUUUUCUUCUUGAACCAUGGGUUUCAUAAACAUGUCACUUACUUGGUGGAUAGCUUGUGGGACUGGGAAGAUGGUUUGCUGAGAGACUGGGAGUGUCUGACAAAUCUUUUAAGGAACAAGUCCAUGAGAAAGGAAGAAGCCUUUACAGAUGCCCAAGAAACUGUUCUUGUGGAAAUAAUCGCAGCAGCAGUGCGCCAGACUGUAGAAGGUCAUCCUCCAGUGGGCCGAGGAGGCAGAAAAGUCCUCACAGCAAAAGAGAGGAAAUCUCAAAUGGAAGAAUGUGCCCGGAUGACUGAGCAUUUCAUUGUAGUGCUUCCUGAGCUCUUGGCUAAGUAUUCAUCAGAUAUAGAAAAAGUGACAAACUUCCUGCAAAUUCCCCAGUAUUAUAAUUUGAAUGUGUAUGUUACUGGACGCCUGGAGAAGUACUUGGAUGCGUUGCUAAAGGAGAUGAAAGAACUUGUGCACAGACACUCUGACCUUAAUAUCCUUGAGGCCUGCUCCAAGGUAUACAGUGUCUUCUGCAAUGAACAGCUUGAAAUAUUCCCUAUCGUAUCUGAGGCCCGGCACCAGUUAAUAGAAGAGAUGGUUAAAGACUUCUACCAGCUUCUAGAUGACUUUUUCCAAGAGGAAGAAGGCUUUGAUGUAAGCGAAGAACACAUUUUGCGAAUGUCCUGCUCUCUGAAAAAACUAACAGCUUUUCACAACGCACAUGACCUCACCAGCUGGCACAUCGGUGACUGGACUCUGAAGAUUCUCAAUUUUGAGAAGGAAAAUGGAGGGUUGCCUGUUGAGACCCUAAUCCCUGCUCUUCAGUGCAGUUACUUUGCUCUCUUGUGGCAGCUGGAAUUAGCUACUGAGGCAUUAGUGGCUGAAGCACCUCCCUCUCAGGAAACUCUUUUGGAGUUGAAGGAACAGAUGACCUGUUUCCGCUUGAUUUGUGAAUCAUACCUCAAUCAUCAUAAUAAUGAUGUGAGGGAAAAGGCCUUUAUUUUAUUAUGUGACUUACUGAUUGUUUUAAGCCACCAAGGUGUGGAUGAGGAUGAAGAUUUUGCAUUGCUUAAGUUUCUUCCUGAUCAUGAUCUACAGGCAAAGAUGAUUCAGUUUGUGAAGGAUCAUGUUUUUGGGGAGAUCAAUUCGCCUGAAGAGAAGAAUAAAGAGGAAGCUCAUAGACUGGAUUCCAUAUACAGGAAGCGGGUUAUUCUGGCUGAAUAUUGUAAACUGAUUGCUUAUAAUGUGGUGGAAAUGAUGACAGCAGUUGAAAUCUACAAGCACUAUAUGCCGACCUACCAUGAUUUUGGUGAUAUUAUUAAAGAAACAAUCAACAGAACGAGGCACAAUGAUAGGAUUGAGAGUGCCAGGACAUUGAUUGUUUGUUUGCAGGAGUUAUAUCAGAACCACAUGGCAACCUAUUGCAGCAAUAACAGUCGUAAAAAGCACAUUGAAUCCUCGGCUAACUUUGCCAGUAUUAAAGAACUUGCUCGUCGAUUUUCUCUCACAUUUGGUUGGGAUCAGAUGAAUUCCAGGGAAUCUAUAGCAAUGAUACACAAAGAAGGAAUUGAUUUUGCAUUUCAUGGAGAUAGUCAAGAUAUAGAUUAUUACCUCCCUCCCAAUUUAACCUUCUUGGUAAUCAUCAGCGAAUUCUCCAAUAAGCUACUCAAACCUGACAAGAAGCUGGUGUAUUACUACCUGCAGGAAUUUGUUACAGACCACAUGUUGUUGACUUGUAAAGGGGAAAAAUGGCAUCCAUUAUACUGUUAUCGCAGCUCUCUGAUAGGAACUGAUGAUGAUGCAGAAAGCACAAUAGCAAGUAGUUUUAGAGAAUGGCCUCCACCUGACAGAUCAAAAGUCAUUGCCACGAAGAGAAAAUUUUCUGAUGGGAGUCUUAUGGACAUAUCACUUCCUGGGAGCUCAAGGCAAGCAACAGAUUUACAUUCAGAUUCACAGCUGUCCUUUUUCUCAUGGAAAAGUAAAACAGUGACAUCAGAUGAGAACACUAUGGAUGUGUCAAGCCUUGUAGUUCAAGACACCACACAGAGGAUGGAUGACCUGAUGGAAAGCCUACCUGAAGAACAGACAGAGGACCUCAAUGAAGAAAUUGAUGUACUUGAUAUAGACGAGCAAUGACCCACAAUUUUUAAAAAAAUGGAAGACUAUAAAGCUAUUUAUUACAAUUUAUAAUAAACUGGUGUACAUAGAAGCACCCAGGUGAUACAGUGAAUAGAGCUCUGGACCUGGAGUCAGGAAGACCUAAGUCAAAUCCAACUAAACAUUUACUAGCUGUAUGAUCCUGGGUAAAUUUGUGAAAAAGCUGGAAAAGUGGUGAAGAUCAAAAGCUGCUCUUUUUUGGGAGGCAACAUUUUGAUUUUUUAGAUUUUCAUGUGGACAAGUGGAAACAGCGACUUUAUGAAGUGGGACUGUCACUGGAUCCUGGACCAUUGUGCUCUUUGGACUCUUGGUGUUUCAGGUCCAAAGAAAAGUAAAUUCCCUCAGAAUUUACUCCAGGGUAGUCUUUCACCUACCUUGGCUUAUUUUAUGUACAGGCAUACUAUGCCUAAAGUUUAUUUUUUCAGUGAAAACAUAAGUUGAAAUGACAUCUUGACAGAACGGUACCAUGGGUGAUAAAUGGAACAGUGUUACUGUUUUUAUGGGUAUUUAUAAUGAAUACAGAAUUAUUUGGUUAUAUUAAGAUUGUUAUCCAAAAAUCACAUUUAUCAGGCAAAGUCCCCCUUUUAACAAUAAGGCAUCAAUUCCUAUUAUUAAAUUUCAAUUCAACAGGUGGAAUUCAGAAACGACAACCUAAAGGAAAGAUUCUCUCUUCCCGUCUCCUCUUUUCAUUCUUUAAAUUAAUAAAACAGCAGGCUAACUGUUUAUGAAGGAAAACAAAAGCAGAAAUUAACCUUCUUACCAUUAUAUAUGGGAAAACUUCUGAUGGUUUCAGUUUAACCAAUAUUUAAUAUCUUCGGACAAACAACAUAAACCAAACAAGGGAAAGAAAGCAUCACUGCACUCAAGGAGUUUAUAUUCUGCUGUCAUGUUAUAUAGCAUGCAUACAAAUAAGAAAGAAAGAAGAAUUUUCAGUGAGAACUCUGACCAUGCCUGAAGUUUCAACUGGAAAGAUUUCUUCAGGAAGUAUCCAGGGCUGGUUUUUUCACACUUUGCUUGUGGACUGUAGGUUCAAUUUGUUUCAUUUAAAUUUUUUCCCUUUCUUUGAUGAGGGGUCAACAUGUGACUGUCUCUGCAUUUUGUUUUUAAAAACAAACCACAGUUCUUAUAGGUGAUGGACAUGUUUUUGUGUUCCUAUGAUUGCAUUGUUUUAUAAUCAUCAUAAAAUAUUUAUCAAGUGCCUACUGUUACACUAGGUGCUUAUAAAGAGACCAGUGGAAAAAAAAUGAAACAUUUAAGCUAUCUUGACUCAACUUUUUGAGUAUAUGUCUAGUGAACUAUGUGUAUGCCAUCCAAGGACCAAGCUAUAGCUAAUGUCAAAAGGGUUCGUUAAUAAGAUAUGAUCCACAUUUGAAUUAUUUUAGCCACAGUAAGUUAUGAAGAUCAUUUAUUAAGGGUUGCCAUCUACGUUGGUCAAGGGAAUAUUUAUAUAAUAUGAUAAAAGAAUGGAUUCUGAAAAUAUGUUUUGGAAAACUAGGCAGGCCAGACUUAUCCUAUGGAAAGGGUACCCCCAUCACAUUGGAAGCACUUAAAUAUGAAUGAUUGCUUGUUGUAUUAAGGGCUUCUAUGCAUAUUUUUAGGUAUUGGACUGCAUUUCGUACACUUGUGAUGUGACUGACUCCCAGGAGUGGUGAGGAAGCAGCUUAUACACAAAUGAAAAUUUUAUAUAUAUUUCAUUAGUGUGACAACAGUGUUAUCUUGAAUUUGUAGAAUCCUUAUCUCUUUAGUUUAUUGUGCCAAAAAUAUUGUGUUCCUAUCCUCUGUCCCCUUCCUAUCACAAAAAGUGUGUGUGUGUGUGUGUGUGUGUGUGUGUGUGUGUGUGUGUGUGUGUGUGUGUAAUAUUUAAAGCAACAAGACAGCUGCUGGAUUAGUGACCAUAUGACUCAUUGCCUUAACUAUAGGGAGAGUAAAUUUAGAAGAUACAGCUAUCUGAUAUUUCUGAUCAAAAGAAAUUGUUCCCCUGUCCUCGUUGGAUGCACAGGCAAGAACUAUUCAUUCUUUUGCAUGUAGGAACAUAAGUGGAUUGGUUUGAUCUGGGUACAUAUGAUCGAUCAGUUUUCAUAUGAUGUAGGUACUUGUGAAUUUAUGGUAACAAUAAGGUUCCUGCCAACAGUACAGGAAAAUCCAUCCAUAAUGGUGUGUUCCAAAGUGAAAUUUACCCUUGGUAGAAGCUUUUCUAAUGAACAAGUAAAUAGUAUUACUGCAGUUACAGUAUGUGUUAAUGUGGGGAAGUAUAUACCAUUGUUCUUUUCAAGUUUCAGGGAUCCUAUGAUAUCCUUAAUGAAAAUAAAUGGCCUUGACAACAGGAGGCCCCAAUCUUACAUUUGCUCCAUGCUAUUUGGAAUAAAAACGUAAGCAAGCAAACAGGGUGACAGAGCUAUCUUCAGACUGGCCUUCUAAGUCUGUGUGGUUGCAAAGGAGUAUUGGCAAAGCUUUAAAGUAUGAUCACAUUCAGAGAAAUUAGAGAUGUUAUGGGUGAGACAGUAUGUGAUGAAAGCCUGAAAAGAGUUUAGAACAGUGUCAGCUAAUGGGUUGUAAGGGCUGUAUUUCUGUUGCUUUUAACAUGCAUUUACUACUUGGCUAUUUUUAUUUGCCAACCUUUUGCUCCUAAAGUCAGUACAAGCCAGAGGUUAGGGGCAGAGUAUGCUUUCCUUAUGUAAUUAAUUGGUUUGGUGUGUUACAUUUUGGGUCAUCAUAAAUGUAACAAAAAUCAGUAACCAUCUUUAACAUCUAAGGUUUUCCACACGGGAAAUUAAAAUGGAGGAUUCUGGUUUUGGUGCCAAGAUACUUUCCCAAAACAUUGUGUCAAACUACCCAGUGUUAAUAUUUCCAUGUGUAAAGCUAUGAGAUGUGUCCAGAAACAGUAAAAUAAUUUGCUGCAUGUAGGCAUUACCUGUGGUAAUAUUACAACAAAUGGAUACAUGAAUGAAAAUCUUUAAAUGCUUUAUUUGAAAAUACAAACAUGAUUUUUAAACAUUUUUAAACUGAUCUACACAGCAAACAAAAAUAACUUUACAUCUUUUUGUACAUUUUACAUGAAAACGUUCAAAUAAACUUGCUGAAAGACGUUCUAUACCCAAA